AAGUUUAACCUUGGACGGAAAUGUGGACGACAUCCUCCACAUCGCUACGAAGCUCUCGCUUCGCUUCUAGGGCUUUGAUUUCGUCUCCGAUCAUUCAUCGUUGAUGGCUACCUCCUUCAUCCCUGGGAUCUCCCACUCCCGUUCCCACUAUCUUCCUAUGGCUCCGGCGCCGCAGAAGACCCGCCGAUCGAACCGACUCGCUGUCCGCCGGUGUCGCCUUGCGACCGGGGGGUUUCGGGCCAUGGUGCAGCAACAAACUUUCCAGGGCCCGUCUGCAGCUUACGCUAGGGAGAUGGAGCGCCUCUCUGCUAAGGAAUCGCUUCUCCUAGCCUUCAGGGAUGCUGGUGGCUUCCAGUCGUUGAUUGGUGGGAAGACAACAGAGAUGCAGCGGAUUGAUGUAAAUGAGCGAAUAGUUGGUCUCGAGCGACUAAAUCCCACUGCCCGUCCUACGACAUCACCCUUUUUGGAUGGUCGAUGGAACUUUGAGUGGUUUAGUGCUGGAAGCCCUGCAUCACUUGCUGCAAAAUUUGUGUUUGAGAGAUCACCUGCAACUCUAGCCAAUUUAUUAGGCUUGGAUUUGCUGUUAAAGGAUGGAUACUCAAAUAUCACAGCAAAUCUUAGGUUUUUCAACUCUAUUGAAAGCAAGCUCUUUCUAGCCACCAAAUUGUCAUUAGAAGGUCCUAUGCGGAUGAAAGAAGAGUAUGUUGAGGCAGUGCUGGAUACACCAAUAGUUAGCCAAGACACUGUACCGGAACAGUUGAAAGGCCCUCUUGGACAAGCAACUGGUUUUUUGGAGCAACUCCCACUGCCGAUUAGAGAUGCUUUUGCAAACGGACUGAAGAUCCCACUAAGUGGAACUUUUCAGCGAAUGUUUAUGAUUUCCUACUUGGAUGAAGAAAUAUUGAUCAUAAGAGACUCUGCAGGAGCUCCUGAUGUUCUUACGAGGCUGGAAGGUUCUCCAGCAUCGACGCAGUCAGAUUCAGUGAUGUCAGAGUAUGAAAGUUGAAUUCUUGGCUCAAAGACUUCUGCCAAAGGCAUCCCCAUGUAAAAUACCACUUACUGUUAUGUUCCUACAAUAAAAACAUUGCAUAUUAAAAUAUAUUUUUUUGUUGAGACAACUAAAAUACCUGGUUCUUAUGUUGCUUUGAGAUGAUUGCUCAUUCCUUAACGUUUCCUAUUCUCAGUGUCAUUUAA